AUGAAAUGAUGUCACAGGGAUGGAGAUUUACCCCGCCACAUCCCGACUGCUGGAGCGGGUCCCGGAGCCGCUACUGGCCGGCGUGCUGGGCGGGGUCGGCUUCAUGUGCUUGGCACUGGUCUUGCUGCUGGGGUCCGCCUGUGUCAUCAGCCACAAGAGGGAUCAGCGUCGCAGAAAGAAGGAUGAGCCCCCCUCUGCCAUCUAUAAAUGCUCCCCAUCAAUGAAGACUUCAGGCAGUGGCAGUCCAGACAGUGUGUUGAAGAGAAGCCUCCUUCCAGCCAGCCUCCUCUAUCCCACCUCUUCCUCCUUCACCACCACCACCGCCUCCUCCUCCUCGCAGACAGACGGCUCCUCUUUUAGCGCCGACAGUCAUCAUCGGCAGAAGCAACUCCAGUCCAACUACAGCAGAGGCCGCCUUACUAGGACAACUUCUACUCCCAUUUCUCCUCCAAUCGAGUUGAUCUCUAGAGGCCCGGAUGGGCGUUUCGCACUCCUGCCGUACAGCGACGACACGCUGAGUGUUCACAGCAAGAGAAGUGGAAGGUAUAACCAAUCUAGUGUCCAAAGGUCUGUGUCUCUGCAUUCAGAGAGGGAAGACAGGAAGCCGGCAUUUGUGCUUUCUGUUGAUCUCCCACCAUGCCGGCCGGCACAGGGUAAUCCUACAAACGAAAUUUGUGGCGUGGCCCAGAGCCUGCCACAUCCCCGCCCUUAUAUCUUGGAUCAGAAGGCAAGCUACGAUGGCUCUCCUCCUCCACACGUCAGCAGCCUGGGCUCGAACAGUAGUUUGGCCACCAUUUCUCAACAAGACAGAGAAAUACCUCCCAAAUUUCCAGUGCUCCCGCAUAUCCGAUCCGGCCUAGGCCAGCCGUCUGUGACCGCCAGCGCUCUGGUUCUCCAAAUGGAGCACGAGCGCGAGAGGGGAAACCUGAGCCGCUGUCUGAAGCUGGCUCAGGAGAGGGAGGAGCUGGAGAUGGAGCUCCGGAAGUACACGCUGGAAAGAGGCUCGGCGAGAGAAACGGAGACGGAGCAUUUUGACUUUGAGAGGAGAGAGGCCGGCGCUAAUGAGCUUGGGUGGGAAUGUAAGAGCAGUACCUUGCCCCACAGAUACCCCAAGGGAGGGAAAGAGUGCUUUGGUCUGUCCCAGAGCCCUUUCUCUUCAUCUGAUGAGCAUAGGGAUUCCCGUUCUCUUGUCUAUCCUCUCACUCUAACCCCGAGCCGCACCUGUUUCAGAGCGUCUUCACCGGCGAGUGCAUCUUGUUUUAAGCCUGGUAACCAUUACACUGCUCCAUCCUCCACCAAACACACCCACCUCUUAUCUGAGGAGGCAGGCAGAAUAACUCUCCCACGUCUCUCCUCAAAGCACCAGAGGCAUGAAACGGUCGAGGCAGCACCAGAAGGCUAUGAUAAUUCACCACAAUCCACAGUUUUAGAAAUGCAAACGAAUGAUUCAUGCUCUGAGGCAUGGAGACAGAACAAUCAUAGUCAUAGCAGCCUUUCAACGUUGUCUUUCCAUAGCAGUAAAUAUACUGAAAGAUCUAAUCUGUGCCUGGAUGCAGUGCCAGACUCUUUAGAAGCAGAGGUAGUGUUCCUCGAGCCCACUGAUGAAGUUGUGUGUGUUGAGAUGAGUGUGGACGAGCCAGAGUUGGAGGUGUGUGAGAUGCAGCCUGCGAAGCCCAUGCUGCACCACAGGAUUGCCUCCCAUGUUCAACAUGGGCACUCGCUGAGUCGCAGAGGCCGGCACGAAGACGCGACUAGGAGCACAAGCUUUAACCGCCGCAGUCCAGCUUACCCUCAAACUCUCGGACCAGAACCCUGGAGAGCUGUGACGCACAGCUCUAAACUCUGGGACUCUAAGCAGCGAAGCCAGAGCCUUGACUCCCGGAGACGGAAAGAGAGGGGUUUCCUGGCUCCUGAUGCGUGGAUAGACUCUCUCAGCCAAGAGGACUGCUCUGUUGCGUCUUCUUGUCGCCCACACACAAUGUUCUGGGAACCCCAGAGCUCUCCGCUCAGGAGCAUCUCCAAAUCUCCUGCAAAGUCACCUUCGGCUUCCAAAGCUGCCUCGCGGUCACCUCCUGCUGUGGAUGCUUUAUCUCUAAAAAGCAGCCCAGACAGGCCUAUUCCAAAAGCUGACGUGCCUCGCCACUAUGAGCCCAAAAGAGAGGCGUCCAUCUUUCCCAGUGCUGCCAAAUGGGCAAUUGACUACCGGGAGGCGGUGAAAGAGGCAGAGGUUUAUCUGGAGGCCAUGAAGGAAGCUUCCAUAUGCUUGCCGCAUGGCAAAGACGAUUACCGAGAGGCACUAGAAUUAGAGGGGGGGGGCUCCGAGGGAGUGCCAGAGUCCGGGAGCAGCUACAGCAGUUAUGCAAGCAGCGGCCGAGGCAGCAUGGAGCCCGCUAACAGACGCCUGUCCCUGUGUCACCUCUCCCCAACCCUCACCAGCUCACCCGGGACUGUAGAGGGGAGCCAGGGGAGCACAGAGGACACUCACCAAAUGGAACAAAGCCAAAGGAGAAAGGUUUCAGUUGAUGAGAAUUAUGAGUGGGAUGCUGCCGAUUUCUGCUCACAGCUGGGAAACCAUGACGACCUGCUUCCUUCGUUGAAUCUACUGAAGCCUACUCAAUGCCGUAGCCUUGCCAGAAUGCAGUGCUCCACCAAGGCACAGACACAUUGUGCUCAGCCCUCUUUGCUCCUGGGGCAUCAAAGCAGCUGCUCUGCUGAGCCAGAAGCAGAAUCCGUGCUGUUCUGACAGCGCCAGCCUUCGGCUCAUCUCACCCGUUGUGUCGUGUAACUUAUUGACUUGCAUCACGAGGUGACAAAAAAAUAGGCAUUUUGGAGAAAGUGAGCUUUUUCCUGAUCAAUUCCUGUUUUCAAAGCACAAAAAAAGGACAACGUACAGAAUAGCUUUUGAAGGGGGGGUCGUUUUCAACAGUACAGAGAUCAGUUAAAGCAGUUGUUCCCAAACGUUUUUACAUCAAGGACCCCUAUACUGACACACAAAAGAACAUGGACCCCCAUUAGGAUACGAUUUUCUCCCCCAUCUGAUAGGAUUCUUACUUUUAGAUGUUCCUUCGUCAAUCGGUGUAGCCGCCAACAACGUUGCCACACAGUUGACCGUUCAUUUUGGAAACCUUUAAAGACACAGACCCACCAUAACAUAACUUGAGAAGGGAGAAAACGUCAGUGAAAUCAGGAAUUGCUGACUCUCUCCGUCAGUCUCUCAUUCAGGCUCUUUCCACUGUCCCAUGUCUUGGAGUUUUCAGACUGCCUGUGUUGGCCAGUCCAGCAAAAACAGGUCGUUCGAUUCAUUUUGAAUGGGGGCUGCAGCGGGGGUUGCCACAGGUGGGACAUGCAAAAGAAUCAGCGUGGGCCUGCAAAAAAUGUUGAGACUUACUCAACUUUUUUUGAGAACCGUAACCCCACGUCAGUGGCCAAUCAUGUAACCGGGGAUCAGACUCUUCUCUAUGUUUUGAGCUGUGGUUUGAGGCGGUGUGAGAGUCCCGUACGGUAACAGGAAACAUCACUAACUUUAUUGUUGCCAGGGUAAAAAACAAAUCUCAAGUACUGAACAGCCCAGGAGUUUGUGUAACAACUGAAUGUUUACUGCAACAACAACACACUCGCUACGUCUCGCUCGUCUCGUUUCUUUCUCACUUUCUCCUGUGAAAUGAAGCUGCCUUCAAGUGCUGUCGGAAACGUUGAUUUAU